GGAAGAGGAGGAUGAAGAAGAUGACAUGGCAAGGUUGUGUGUAAAUGUGUGAGGAGGAGGAAGGAAGAACAUGGCAAGGAGCAAGAGGAGGCAUGGAGGAACCGGAGGAACGCGGGGGGAACGUGAGGGGAAAGGAACAGGGGAAGGCGAGGGGCGGGGGAUUCGGGGAAGAAGAAUCUCAGGGGGAAGAAGGCGGGGUCGAAUAUGGGAUGAAACGCGGGACGGAAAGGAGGGAGAAGGUGUGGACGCGAAUGGGAUGGAACGUGGGACGGAAGGGAGGGAGAAGGCGCGGGGAAUGUGCGAAGGAGGAGAAGAUGGCAGUAAGAAGAAGAUGGCAAGUAGGAGAAGGAAAGGGGAGGGAGGAUCGGGACCUGAUGACAAUCGUGCUGCACGCUGAAGGAGGGGAUCUGAAAAAAGUAACUGUCGCACCCCGUCUUCACAACGAUCUCACCGAAGUGCAUGUUGUGGAGGAAAAAUUCGGGAAGUGUCUCGGAAAACACGGUGGCGUCGAAGGCGACGAAAGUGCCGCAUAUUCAAUUUGGGAGCGAGAACCUGGCAAGUUGCGGAAGUUGUGUAAUUCAUUCGUAGGAGAGGCGGAAGGUGUGCUUUUGCUGGGUAGGGCGCACGCGGGUCUUGUAUGGAAGUUAUUGCUUGCAGGUAAUAAUGUCAUUGCCAAGGACAUUGCAUACUUGACAAAGUUCGUCGACAUACUUGUUAAGGAUGGGAGAUUUGAGUGUUGCAUCGAGAAGCCGCGUGCCACACAUCGCACGAACAGGGAUAUGUACCACAAGUUGGGACCGAAACGACUGAAGGUGUGGGAAUACCUAUUCCGCGAUGCGCCGGAUGGACGCCUUGAUGGGGGAUACACAUAUAGGAAAGCCAAGGUGACCGAGGCCCUCAAACAUUUUCAUGGUGCUCUAACUGGCGCGUUCGAGACAUUCGUUGCUCGAUGCGAGAUCUUGAGGUUUGAUCUUCACAAAGAUAAACUGACGUUUAAGGAUUAUGCAGACCUCGCUAAAUCGGGUGAAGGCUUUAACCCCGUUGACAGCGAGAAAGACUCGUCGGACUCCGACCUCGAGAUCGAAAAGGACACCAAUCCAACCGGGUGGUGUGGGAAGUCCGCUGACAUGGAGCAAAGCGUCAAGGGAUAUGGACCGGGUCGAUCAGAGGGGUGCUCGAACCUGCCACCCGCUAACAGUGUGGCUUCGGGUGUAGACCGGGUUGUAUGUACGCCUAUGGAAGACGACGAAGAUGAUGACCUUGAUAUUCCUGCUCAGCCAACUAAGCUCGCACCAGGCGAUCCGAUUCCUCCCAGAUUUUGUGCAGAUCCAAACAAUGUGUAUUUCUUGGAUGACAAAUACACCUGCACUAGUGAGGACAAGCAAAAACACUAUCGGAGCCAUCUCUGUCGCAACGGGGAUACAUCACAAGGUGAAAAAGUGUCACUCGACAAGCCGGCGGAUGCGGGUGCCACAUACGGGAGUCUCCUCGCGACAGGUGCGGCGCUGGCAGGCACAUCGGAAAUGGUGUCAGAGUACACUGCUGGGAUGGGCGUCACGGGAAUGUCGUUGCAUUCGCCCAUAUGCACUAGCAAAGGUGACGCACACUGUACAACAACACCACAGGGAGGGGUCAUAGGGAAUGAUGAGAAUGGGGGAAAUGCAGGGGGGUCUCCACGUUCUCGCAAUAUUGAGGACAUGACGACAGACGAUGAGGAUGGGGUAGAAGGCGGAAAGGACAUAAGCGAUCCCACGCGUGCAGAACAUGAGGGGUGAGACAGGGAAUGAACUUGAGGGGAAUCC